AUGGAGAAGCCCUCUAUUGUAACAGUGACUUCUCCUGCUCCAGAUGGGGGUCAUCGUAGUCCAAGCCCAAGUCGCCCGCGCCACCGACCUUUGGCACGCUCGGCUACCUUUGCAGAUGGCAAUAUGCUCUCCAAUCGGAGAAGGAGCUCCAUGUUCUCAGACAAUCUCUCUGAAACACGAAAGUCCCUUCGCUCCUCAACCGACGACCUUCUUCUGCCUCGCGUGAAUGGCAGCGGUCAGCUAGAUCAUGUAAAUGAACCUUCUCAUUGGCAUUCGAUUCCAUUGGGACUCGCAUUGCUCCCAGCAGUGGGGGGCCUUCUCUUCCAGGACGGUAGUGCUGUCGUCACCGACAUCACCUUAUUAGCUUUGGCAGCUAUCUUCUUGAACUGGUCCGUGAGGCUGCCUUGGGACUGGUAUCGAUCUGCUCAAGCAACAAAAUCAGAGGAGCGUGUUGACUUUUCUACCUUCGAGACCAUUGCCGAAGAGAAAAGUGAUGAAGAGGACCAUGACCACGCCUCAGCCUCACAGCAGGACAAGCCCACUCCCAAGUCGUCGCAAGAAAGCAAUUGGGACCAACAGUAUCAGCGCAGGUUCAGCAUCGAAGCAGCACAGAAGGAACUGAGGAUUCAUGAAUUGCUGGCACUCUUGUCAUGUUUCCUUUUCCCUGCUAUUGGGGCAUGGCUUCUCCAUGCCAUACGAGGGCAACUCUCCCGCCCAUCAGAAGGUCUUGUGUCGAAUUACAACCUGACCGUCUUCCUGCUGGCUUCUGAGAUCCGUCCCGUAUCUCACCUGGUCAAGAUGAUCCAAGCACGGACGCUAUUCCUUCAGAGGGUGUCAGGCGGCAGCCCGACCGAUGAUGAGCAACGGCAUGAUCCGGGACAAGUCAUCGAUCUCGUACGUCGUGUUGAGGAACUAGAAGCACAUAUAGCCGACACUGUUGAGACCUCCAGCAAGAGCGUGGCUGUAGCAACAGAUGUCUGUGCAGCCAAGACAGCUGCGCAAGCCGUCUCAGAAACUCGCAAGUACUUGCAGCCAGAUCUUGACGCUCUCAAUCGAGCGGUGAGACGAUACGAAAAGCGCACCACAAUCUCGUCCCUGCAGACCGAAGCACGCUUGCAGGACCUCGAAUGCCAGCUGAAAGAUGUUGUUGUCCUUGCGGCUGCCGCUCAGAGAAAUGCUGAGCAGCAACCGAGAAACUACAUGCUCAUACUCCUCAAUUGGAUAUGUGCUCUUGUAGUUGUGCCAGCUCAGUACGCUUGGGCAGUCCUCAGGCUCCCGAUACGAGCCGCUGAAUGGGCUGUCAGUUGUGUACGCAGAUUCUUUGGGUUCAGCCAAGCCAAAAAGUUGAGGCAGACCCGUCAAGGUAACCAGGUCAAGUCGAAGGAGAGAAGCUGGAAAGCAGGGUCUUAA